CCCGCUUAACCACUACAAACAGCAGGAAUAGCGCUAAGCAAUCUCAGUAUCAAGUUGGCUUGGGCAAGCGCACGAACGGUGUGGUCCCCAAGUAGGCUGUGUGAGUACACCUGACAGAUAUCAGGAUCACGUUGGCGCGCAAAUCAACGCACCCUAGGAAUCGAAAUUUUUUUUUGGUCAAAAAGACAGUGUUUGUGUUUAUAAUAAUGGAACCGGAAUCGAAUUUAAAGCGAAUUAAAAACUGGGAAAGUGCGUAGUGUGCGUGUCUUGGACUUGAUUGAACUCGGUUUCGGCAGUGAAAGUGGACUCAGUGAAAGUCGGUGCCGAAAAUGGAUUCUCCCCAAAUGUACGACAAUCAUCAGCAGGGCCAACCAAGCAACGAAGUAAAAAAGACUGUCAUAAUGAACAGCAACAACAACAAUAAUAAUUUAACGAACUUGAAUAACAACACGGGGAUUUCGAAGCAGACAACAGCGCUGUUGAAACAGCACCACCUCCAGCAGUACCAACAGCACGGGGAAUUGAACGAUUUGAACACUCCGGAGAUCUCGCUCGAUUUGCAAAACCUCAUCGAUGACUCCCAAUUCAGCGACAACCUCUUCUCCGACAUCCUCCACCAGAGCCAAGGGAAGCACCUCCAAGGGCUCCAACCGCGUCCGAUGGCCCCCAACACCUACCCCCGCACCACGUUGGCAUACAUGCCGCAGCCGGUGCACAGUAGCGCCUCCUACUCCGCCACCCCCAACUCCAACAGCGACUCCAACAGCUCGGCCGGGAGCGACGUCCCCAGCAUCAAGGAGGAGCCGGUGGACCCGCAGGAGUACCGCCGCCAGUGCAACGUCAUGCCCAACGGGUACAUGGCGGGCGGGUAUCCCGCCGCCCCCGCCGCCGCCACCUUCACCACGCUGGCCCCCAGCCCCGUCAUGCACCACAUGAACGCGAUGAAGAGCAAGACGAUGAUGCUGAAUCAGCACAUCGCGCGCAAGUCUGUUAAGCCCUGUGAUAAGAACAGCGACGAGUACCGCCGCCGCCGGGAGCGGAACAACAUCGCGGUGAGGAAGAGUCGCGAGAAGGCCAAAGUGCGGACGAGGGAGACGGAGGAGAAAGUCAAGAUUUUGAUGAAGGAAAACGAAAGACUGCAAAAGAGGAUAGAGUUGCUCACGGAGGAGUUGAACGUGUUGAGGAGUCUCUUCUCCAAUGUGGGGGUGUUGCCCGAGCACGUGCACAGGGAGAUCAACAAGCAUCUAGACACCUUCCAGUUGCAGCAGCAGCAGCAAAUGUCCGAAGAUAGUAGAAGGUUGAUGGAGACGUUGCACGAAUAUGGACCGUAGCCCCCACGAUUAAUGACAAUCAUUCGAAUUUGUUGAAUCUUGUGAGAGGUUCGGUAGUUAGAUCUCCUAUGACACGUGUUCUAAAAACUUUUAUUUAUUAGAAAUAUGAGUGGAGUGUCGUCUUGCAAAAGAUUUCCCAGUUGUUUCACUACAACGAACGAACUUUUUUCUACGCGAAACACCGACGAAAUCUUUUCGACGACAGAGUUUGUUAACGGGUAUUAAAAAUACAUUAGAUUUAUUCCGUUCGUUUUUGUGAUCAAACAAUUGUAUUUAAAAUGCGAUGAGAAACGAUGCAAUCCGUGUACCUUCUUAACUGUUAGUAAAUUAAAUGUAUUUUAAGAUAUAUUUUUCUACUGAAAAUAUAUCGUUGUUACACCUUAUAAUUUUAUUGUAAAAUACUUAAGUUAAUGUAUAAAUGUAUAAUGUAUAGAGUGUACUUGUAAAUCUUAAUAUAUUUCCAAAGAACUACAUUUUGUAAAGAUGUUUAUAAUAAUGGUGUAAAUUUUAUACUACUUAAAUGUUCUUGUUUUUAUUAUUUAAUAAAUAUCUCGGAUUUA